AUGCCGCCAACCACACCUCCAUCCCUUGUCCCCCGUACAACUUCCGAGACUGCCAUUCAUCCAUUACAUCUGAUCAUGUCCACGUCAGACCAACGAGCCAAGGUCCGGUGGCCGUUGAAAUUCUAUGAUGAUCUGACAGCGACAGAAAAAAGCAUCCCCGACAUCUGGAUGGAGAGACACCACGAGUGUUCUCGUUUGUGGAGUCUCAACACGGCGGAAGAGAAAGAGGCUGCAAGAGCCAAAAUUUGGGAGCUGGCAUUCACCAACUGGGACACCGAUACGCCAGUUCCUCAACCCGCUCGUGCUGUUGCUAGGAAGACCAAGGAUAGCAUAGUCAAGAUUGGAGUCUUGACAGAAGACGCCAAGCCCUCCAAGAAGAUUCAUGGGAACAGUACCAGUAUCGCCGCGUCUGACCCACGCCCUCGUCGUCCGCACUCUUGUGGUGACGACGUCUUUUUGAAGGUCGAAGUCGAUUAG